AUGUUGGGAAGAUUGCUUAAAAAAUUAGAGAGUCGAACAAGUCCGUUGUUAGGUCCAAAUGUGAAAGCAUUAAAAUUCUGGGGUCUUUUAUUACCCGAAAAUGUAAAAAUGCGAUAUUUUUACUUAUGCAUGCACAUUUUGGUAACUGUUUUCACGGCGACGGAAUAUGUCGAUAUUUGGUUUGUAAAAUCAGACUUUAAUUUGCUACUAAAUAAUCUAAAAAUUACAAUGUUAGCAACUGUAAGCGUAGUUAAAGUAACUACUUUCCUCUGCUGGCAAAAAAAGUGGAAGAGUAUAAUAGAGUAUGUGACAAGAAGUGAUUUAGUACAAAGAAACGAUAACAAUGACCUUAAGAAUUCCAUUAUUGAUAAAUACACAAAAUAUUGUAGAAAAAUAACCUAUUUCUAUUGGAUGCUGAUGUAUACCACAGUUGUAAUUGUAAUGACUCAGCCAAUAUACAAGUUUAUAUCCUCGCCAAUAUACCGAGAGACGGUUAAAAAUGGUACUGAAUCAUAUAUGCAAGUUGUCAGCUCGUGGGUACCAUUUGAUAAAAACACUGUUGUUGGUCACAUAUUUGCAUCAAUUUAUCAAAGUUAUGCAGCUAUUUAUGGUGGAGGUUGGAUCACAUCAUUUGAUACAAACGCCAUGGUCAUUAUGGUAUUUUUUAAAGGUGAACUAGAAUUACUGAAAUUGGACUGUGCUGAAAUUUUUGGGACUGAAAGUAAACCAGUUUCCGAAGACACUGCAUUGGUUCGACUAAAAAGUUGUCACAAACGAUACGUGGAAUUGAUUAAGUAUGCAAAGAUGUUUGAUUCAGUUUUAUCACCAAUAAUGCUUUUGUACAUGUUUGUAUGUUCUGUAAUGCUUUGUGCCUCAGCCUAUCAGAUCACAGUUGAAACGAGCGCUAUGCAACGUUUUCUGACUACGGAAUAUUUGAUAUUCGGAGUCGCACAGUUGUUUAUUUACUGCUGGCAUAGUAACGAUGUUUUUUAUGCGAGUAUGGACGUCAUGCAAGGCCCUUAUAACAGCUUAUGGUGGAAUAGAGGAAAAUCUCGACAAAAGGAAAUACAAAUAUUAAUUGGACUGUUAAAUAGGUCGAUUGUAUUUUCCGCUGGGCCUUUUACGGAUUUGACCGUGGCUACUUUUAUAAACAUUUUAAAAGGGGCUUACAGUUACUACACUUUAUUGAGACAGUCACAGGAAGGCGCUGCUACAAAUUAA